CGGAAACCGAAAAGAACUCAUUACAAAAUUCACCAAAUUUAGAGUUUCGGCAAAAUGUUUAGUAGGAGGAAAAAAUCCCCCCGUCCCCAAGAAGGACACAAGAAGAACGAUCUCUCCAAUUUGGUACUGUAUAUUUCAUAUUUUUUUUCAUUAAAUUUGUGUCGUGUAAAUUUGGAAUGUGUGGGGCAUGACUCAUCUCUAAGGCCUAAGUGCUAGUGGAAACUUUAACGAUGCUGUGUCAGGCGACUUGAAUAUGAUUUAAAAGUGCCACAAUAAUCGAUAUGUACCAUAGUUAGUAAUUGUAGUUGAUGUUAUUUUUUUAUCCUUUUCCAUCCGCUGUCUUAGGCUUUGAAACAUGCAAACGUACUACAUGAGAAAUUUCGAACUUGCUCGUCGCAUCAGUGUUUGAAAGCAAGCUAGAUGUUUAAGUAGUCAUACAGAGAAUAUUUUUGAAAUACAGCCUUGUAAAAUAUCAGUCACUUUUUUUAUUGUGGUGAGGGUCAAUCCCGUUGAUAGAUUUAAAUGUUGGUAUCCUUGUGAAAUACAUUUGGUGGCCAUUUCAGAUGUUUUUAGCAUUGGGUAAAAGUGUCAGAAACUAGUAGGGGUUUUAUAGAAACGACAGAAAAUGCCCAAAAACAACAAAUAUCAAAAAGCAAUGACAUUGUGAGCUUGUUUAGUUAUUGGUGUGAUAGAAGAGGAGUGGUUACCAAUGUAAACAGACAUGGUGGGCUUGUAUCAUAGACAAUCACGAGUUGGAGGAGGUUCGUUUUUUUGCAUUAGGUAGUUACUGGCUUAGAGGCACAUGCAAAGUAGUUCUCAACUUUAUUCUAGUAGUUGAAAUUGUAUCCACCAUGGCAUCUGGCAAUUUUUUUUUCGUGAAUUAAGUCAUCAAGAGUUUUGGAGAAGGAAAAAAAUUUAGUUUCUUAUUCUAAAGGCUAUUUAAACAGGAAAAGCAGGUAUGGACCUAUCAAAACUGAUGAGAGUGGUAAAAACUGAAUUUUUUCAGAGUUUUGGGUCCUUAGAUGCCUCUGGCCCAGACCUUAAUAAACAGGGGGUCUGUGCCCACCCUAAAUAACAUGGUGCACAUAGUUUUCACAAAUUAAACAUUGUGGGUCUAUAUUCUUUUCAUGAAGGGUCUGCACCAGAUUUUUUCUUCCACGUAAACAGCCUCAUUCCCACUUUUUUGUUUGCUGCUAUUGGAUGUAGUUCGACUUUUACUUGCUCUUUUCUCUAUUUGCAAUGUUAUUUAUUUGUUAUUUCUUAUUUGCUGUUCUUGGUACAGCUUGGACUUGAUAUCAACCCAGAUGAAAUGGCUGCAUUAGGGAUUGGGGGGAUAGGAAUUGGUAACGAUGAUGACGAUGAUGAUGAGGAUGAGGAUGAUGAAAGCCUUGAAGCAGAACUGGCAGCUCUACAAGGGCAGUCAUCAUCUAGAGGAAAGAAGAAAAGUAAUUGCCUUGUACUAUGUUAUUGAUAAUGUUGUUUAGUCGACACAUAAUAAAUUAACAAAAGGGAAAGCAAAAAUUGUCAACCUUUUCCAAAUUUUGACUUCAGAGGUAAUUUUCAUUUCAAUCAGAAGCGAACAAAUUGACUGUUGGUGGUACACAAGUAUUAUUAGUCAUGCUUGUCACUUAAUAGUGUGGUCCAGGUUUGAUUCUCCCAAUGGGUAUUACAUGCGGAUAAAAGUUUUUAUCAGGUCUCUCUCUUGCCUCUAGGUUUCUGCCAUGGGUUCUCCAUUUUUCCUUCCUCUACAAAAAUCCAUUAUCUCUCAAAAUUAUUUCAAUUCAACCAUAACUCUUUAGCCCCCAGGAGUGAUUGGCAUCUUAUUUCUCUACUCAUUGUCACUUCUAAAUAAAAAAUUAAGGUUACAAAGGAAACAACCACCCACUGGAGAAAUUCUUGACUGUUAAACAAAUUUUUCUUGUCAAUACUGUAGAAAUGUAGAAUAUGUAUACUGAUGUUAGCAUGUGAAGGGUUAAGGGCAAGGGACCAAGUGUCAUCUUUUGUAUUUAUUAUUUACUUUACUCAUUCGGCAGAACCAGGAAGAUCUAUGGUGGGAUUAGAUGAGGAUGACUUUGGAAAUGAUGAUGAUGAUGAUGAUGAUGAUGAAAUUGAUGAAAAUGACCCUCAGCUCUUGGUAGGGCUCUUUUGGGUGUAGUAAAUAUUUUGUGUUUUUGAGGUGAUCUUUCAUCCAACACCAGCGUAAGAGAAUAUUUAUUUAGGAUUUAUGAAUGGGUGCAUUUAAUACAAAGUAAAUUUGUGGAGGUGCAUGUAAUUGAGGAGUCAUUUCCAGUCAUUAAAUCUAGUUUUUUACACAAAUAUGACACCUGUUAGUGUACUGUCACUCCCUGGUUACUUCACCAUUUUAAGAGUGCAUUGUUACAUCCCUUAUAGUAAGUACUUGCACCAUCAUUGGUCAAUUUAGCAGACCAUUUCUCACAACAUGAUGGGCUAAAUGAAAAUUUUUGUUUCAGUUUAAAUCUUCACCCUCUAUUUGAACUCAGCAAUAAAAUAAAUAUCUUACCAAUCUUGUCUUCUCAGUCUUAGUUGAGUUUGCUCUACCUGAAUUUAUGGCCUGCAUGUGUUGUGUUUGGGCCUUAAAUCUGAGCAGAAAAACGUUGCCUAUAAGUUACAGGACAGACCUUAAACUCGGUUAGUAAUUAAAAGGUAUUUCUGAUUGUGUGUUUUUUAUGAGGCAAGUUUACAUUUGGUAACCAUUGCAUUUUGUCUUGAAGGCUGAACUUCAAUGUAUUGCUCCAGGAGAAGAUGGCUCAGAGCAUCAUGAUCCAACCCCAGUCUUGCUUCCCUCUGCCCCAGCAUCAACCAGCAGUGAUCAGGUAAGAUAAUUUGGGAAACCAACUGAUGCUGACAGCAGUUAUAUUGGUGAACUUUUUACAGUUAUAAUUUAGUUAUUACAUAAUAAAUAAUUGUUAUCAUUAAUUGCUAUUUUUUGUAAUUUAAUUGUAAACUCUUUAUUUGAGCUGUAAAACACAAUCAUCUACAUGUACUUCCAGUUAAAAAAAAUCCUCAAGUUGCUUGAUUUCAACAUCAAACUGGAAAGUCACCCACUUUUAAUACUUAUUGCAUUUUUUAUUGUAAGGGUUCAAAAGGGAGUUCUUCACAAGUUGACCUGUUGUUAGAAAGAGAGACAAACUACAAGCUGGCAAUAGAAAAUGCAAAUAAAGCUGGUGAAGGAAGCAAGGCCAGAAGAUAUGGCCGAGGACUCAAGGUACAAUCAUCAAUAUUAUGAUUGCCAUGAUUUAUUUUCCUUUUUUAACAAUAACGAAAAAAUGAAUUACAACAAUUUACAGCAAGAUAAUUAUUAAGCAAGGAGACCUCAAGAUACCUGACAGAGCUUAUGGGAGAGGCCACCUUAUCUGCAACUGGCAACAUAUUUAAGUGUUGCAAAUGUGCAGAUUGGCUAAUUCAGUGAAUAUUUUAAAUAAUAGAAACUCUGAUUGACAUUUUCUUCUCAAAGCAGAGAAGACUUGACAAACAAGUGACUGUUACAAAUAAGAGAGUUCCAAAUUUUAAGACCUUGGUAGAAAAUUGUAAAUUACUUGAGAUUUGAAUGACACAAAUGCAUUUGAUAAUUAUUGACUGUUUUGGUGCCAUAGCAGUGAAUUUGGCCAUUGUUUCACAAAAAGAUUGAGAAACAUUGGAGGCCUAAUGGUUAGUGUACUGGAACUCAGGGUGGAGUUGUUUGGAUUCAAGAUCUGGUCAAGCCAGUGUGUUGUGUACUUGGCAAAAAUACUGUACUCUCACUGUACUUCUCUCACCCAGGAGAAAAAAUGGGUGCUGUUGAAUUGUCAGGGAAGCUUGAUGAUAUGCUAGGGGUGACCUUAUGAUUGACUGACAUCCCAUCCAGGGGGGAGUGGUAAUACUCCUACUCAUUUCAUGCUAUGGAAACUGGGUUAAGCUGUGGGGGAGGUUCACAGUACAGACUUAACAUUUACUCACUUGUUGACCUAUUUAUAGUUAUGGGCGUACAAUUUUGUUGGAUAACAUCAUUUUAGAACUGUAAUUCCUCCUGAAACUCAACCAUUGUACUUCUGCAAGGGAAGAGUUGACAGUUUUUCUCUUUUAUUUUAGGAAAUAGAACAGAUGAUCAAGCAGGCUAAAGCUGGAAAGGCAAUUGAUCUGGAUGCAGUUCCUCCACCAGUGGCCACUAGAGCUGCUAAACCUUCAGCUCCAGUUUCUUCUCAGCCAGUCCAGGAUUCUGUUCCUGAAGCACAAGUGGAUCAGACAGCUAAUAAGUCCAUAAGGCUUGAAACAACAUCCCCAGAAGAUGUAUCCAGACCUGUCCAAGAUGGUAAGUGGUGAAAUUUUUUUUCCCAUUUACACUUCUCCCACUAAGUACUAGUAGUUUUUUUUCCUUUUAAUUUCAACCCCUAUUCUCAAUCUUUAAGGAAACAACAAUUUAUCUUGAAACAUUGUGUUCUUUUAAAUCUGUAACUUCUAAUUUUGACUUCCAAAUAAAUAAAGAUCAAAGUGGUUUGAAAAAAGAAAAACAUGCAUGCACUAUAUAAGAACUUUGAGUUUGUGAUCAGUCUUAAGUAAGUUUGUGGGAGAAGCACAGGUAGCCCACUGGUCAGUGCGCUGGACUCCUGAGGCAAAGCAUAGGUCUACACUCUAUCUUGGUAUUGUACUGUACUGUGUUCUCAUUUAAGACUCUCACAGAGGCUCCCUCUUCCCAAGGUUAAAUAUGGCCAAACAUGGAUACAAUCAAACUGUUUUAUUGUGACAGAUCUUGUUUAAAAUGAUAAUUAAAAGUACAAGAGUAAAUUUUGCUUUAAUUUACUUUUGGUCACAGACAGUCAAAAGCCCAGUGAAUCCAAGGUAGGUUUAUAUUUAGUUACUAGAUAUUUAUAUGUAAUAGGGAGUUAGCAGUGGGGAAAAAAGAAACCUGAACUUUAGUUUGCCAGUUUGGAUUGGAUAAAAACAUGUAGGGCCCAGAGAAAAUAAAAACCCUCUUGGGUUUGAAAGGCCUUAAUGUGCCAUUGAGGCCUUUUAGCCCUAACCCUCUUUAACAAAAAUCCUCCUAUUUUGCCACUUGUUGAAGGCAACAAAAGAAAAUGCAGAAAAUAUUGAUGGGGCUUCAUAUUAUUAAAACAGGACAUUUUUUAAUCAUCAAACUUUUGCAAGUAAGGUACUCAAACAAUUAUAAGCUUAAAUAUGUGAAAAAUGAAAGCAUUCCAAAAAUUUUGAUUUAGCCUUCAGGUUCCCAUAACAGCAAACUGAGAUAAGAUUUUAAAAUUACAGUAUUUCUCAUAUGAAAAUCAGUUAGACUGUUUUCUUAAGAAUCCUCUGUGUACUUGCAUGUGCACAAUUCAGUACAAUUCAAUCCUUGAACUGCCAAAGAAUCUAGUCACAAACUGUUUAUUGAAAAUUUAAUUAAACAUAAAUUUGUUGUGAACAAUUUUGAAAUUUGCAUUGCUGUAUGCAUUAAAUAAGCACAUGAUAUAAUAACAUAUUUUUUCUGCAGUAGUCUUCUUUUUCAGUCUAAAAAAAUCCUGGAUUCUUAUGCAUGCAACAGUGAGGCACAGUAACAUUAUUGAAUAGAUCAAGUAUUCUUUAAGUUUUCUGUUGUAAUGUUACUGUUUUAGCCUGGCAGUGAAGGUGCUCAGAAUAAAGAGCUUUUCAUGACGAGACGAAAUCAGUACAGAGUAGCUGCCCUGACCUGCAAAAAAGCAGGAGAAAUUCAACAAGCCAAACAGUUUUUGGCAGUGUCAAAGGUACUUAGCAAACCUGCAUUCUCACAUCGCCAUCAUGCAGUUUUCUAGAUACUGUGGUCCAAUAAUACUUUGGAUUUAGAAAAAUUUACUUAACCCCUUAACUCCCAGAAGUUAUUAGCAAGUAACUUCUCCCUACAAUAUUCAUGCACCAUCCAGCAAACAGGUGACGAGAAUUGUCAAAUGUAUCAAGUAGCUGUUGUUAUAUUGAUUUAACACCAAAUUCUCAUAACUUAUUUACAAGGAAAUGUGUAGCAGCCAGAGGGGAGAAUUAACACUCACAUGUUGUGAGUUAAAGGGUUAAUAUUCUAACAUAUACUUGUUUUACAUUCACUAGCAAAUAGAUUCAGCUAUUGAACUGUUAGAGAAAGGUGAAGCAGUAGAUAUUUCACAGUUACCUCCCGUACCAUCUGUCCCACAAGCAUCAUCAGGUAUGUUCACUAUUAGCACUAGCAGUAUUAGUACAUGGACUAGCAGUACAUGUAUUUUUGGUAAUGGCAAUUAUCAUAAUAAAGCAUAGAAUAAACUUAAGGAAGUUGUUCACUGUUGCAAAACACUAUCUAAUCAAUAACUGCUAUCCUGCUGAAGUUUUAUCCCAGGUCUUAUGAUGUGGUCACGUUUGAUAAGAACACCUACACGAGACUAGUUACAGAGCACCCAUGAAGCAUGAUACUUUGCCCUGUUGGGCUGAUUUUUCAACAGCUCUGAUUGAGGCACUUUGAUCCUUGCUAUUUCAUUGAGUCAUUCCUUGUACUGUUGUUGCUGUCUCUUGUUGUGGGGCUCUGUUUUAUUUCACUGGUUGUACAUGUAGGCAUCCUUGCUUCUGGAAUUUGUGUUCCACUUCCCUGUUUAUUUUGUGGUUUGAAUUCUCAGGUCAACUCCCUACACCCUAAUGUCAGUAUCCAUAUUCUCUAUGUGUUUCCUUUGGUACCCACAAGAAGGAUUCAUCUUACAAUCAAGACCUGGUUUAAUUUGUGAUCAUUUCCUUUAAUUUCAUUACCUUAAUUUUUGAUUCAGGGGUGAUGUUGUACAGCCACUCUAAGGGUUUUAAUAGUUCAUCACUUCCUUGACUCUACUUCCACAUUUUGCAAGUAUUCUUCAACUGGAGAUGACUGAUUAUCAUUUUCUGUUACUGAGACUGAUGUUCACUCACCCUUUUGCCUUUAAUAGCUAUGGCUCCACCAGCCUCCCAAGUGUCAGUUGCACCCCCUGCUGAAACAACACCAAGCAGUGCAGCUAAAGGAGAGGCAGGAGGGGAAAGUAAUUCAGCCAAAAGCUUGGAGCCUCCCCCUCCCCCUAAAAAUGUUGCAGAAGCUUUGCAACAAAGAUUGGAAAAGUACCAGCAAGCUGAAAACCAGGCUAAGCAAGAAGGCAACUCAAGCAAGGCACGAAGAAUGGGGCGCAUUGUUAAGGUCAGCUCCUCUUUAAAGUUCAUAAUUAGUUUUUACAAUUUUCUUUGAAUUAAAUAGCAUUAUUAAGGUCAGCUCUGCUAAUUUAAACAUCCUUUCAUAUUACUUUAUUUUUGAUUAUUAAUUAUGAAUGAGUUUCUCAUUCCUUUAGGCAAGGACAGAAGUCCCUUUAAAUACAUGUACCUUGUAUUAUUAGAUAUAAGCAUUGACUAGAUUUUUGAGCAAAAGGAACUAAUGAAAAGCUGCUUGGCAACUUCUGGCAAAUCUAGUUAUUGUUUCUGUAACUUAGCAUAAUUGAACUGCUUUUAAGACAUGUUUGCAAGCUAGGCUUUGUUCUCCAUUAAUGUUCCAACUGGUUACUCUUCUACAAAUGGUCCAGGCUCAAGUACUUGUGCUUUAUGAUACUCUUGGACCAUGAAAAUGAGUUUCAUUAAGGUUUUGUUUACUUAUCACAAAAAAAACAGCAAUAUCAAGAUGCUAUUAAAAGCCAUAAGGCUGGGAAACCUGUGGACUAUGAGGAACUACCAACCCCCCCUGGAUAUGCACCCAUACCAGGUGUAGCAGCUCCAGAAGAUGAACCAGCUGAAAACUUUUCUGUCCCUGAGGUAAAGUGUAAAUAAAGUUAUCUUUAACUUUAACAGCAGAAGAGAGGACAAAAUAUUUUAAUACAAUACUUUUAUAUUUCUUGAGGAAUUCAGCAGAAAAGAAUGAAGCAAUUGUUAAAGGUUCUGGUAGCCUUCUGUUCUACCCCUAGACUCAGUUGAUUCAAAACAUUUCAAUUCUUCAUGUAUAUAGGGUAAAUCCCUUUUAAACCUAAGCACUGCUGAUUUGCAAAUCUUUCCUUAUUCAUAUUCUCAGUUUUCUGAGCCAAGGCAAGGGGCAGCACCCCAAACAACUGCUUCUCCUUCUGUUGCUGCUGGUGCUGCAAGCCUUCCUGCCACAAGUCCGUCUCCACAACCUGCCCUACAACCCAUGUCAUCUGUUCGUAAAUCUCCUGGCCGCAAUGAACAGCAACUCAAUUACUUACUUGAAAGACAGAAGGAGUUUAAAACAGCUGCAUUGCAGUCCAAAAAACAGGGAGAUCUUGAAGGUGCCAAGAACUACCUAAGAAUGAGCAAGGUUAGGAAACACAUGGAAUCUAUUUGUUGAAUAUACCAAACAGGAACAGGGCUUUAGGGUUCUUAAAUUAAAGAAAGUUUCAACAUAUAUCAAUAAUGAAGGGGUUGUUUUGUACUUGUGAUCUUAAAAUUUCAGAGCCACAGCUAUGUAAUCAAUGGAUGUACUACUUGGUGAAAAUCAGUUGGGAAUCUUACAUAAAAGAAGUGCUGACAAAUGGCAUUUUCUUUGUUCCUUAGGGCCUGGACAGAAUGAUUCUGAGUGCUCAGAAUGGACUGAAGGUUGAUUUAGGAUCAGUAAGUCUGAUACAUAUCUUUUUUUUUUUUUUUUUUUUUGGGGGGGGGGGGGGAAAGCAGAAAUUCAUGUUCAGUGUGUUGUCUAUAAUAGACAUGUAAGUGCCAGUUUAAAAUUUAAUACUAUUGUGCUUGUUUGUAUAGAACAACCAAAUUUUCAGUGUGUAGAUAUAUGUAAUCAUGGUCCAGGAAUACAUAUCUACUCAACAUGACCAGAAUAUAUUUUAGAUAUAGUGAAACAUUGACAUUGGUGACAUCUGCAUUUAUCAAUUGUUGAUCAUUUUGAUGUUUUAUAUUAUUAUUGUUCCAUUUCCACUUAAGAACUGGCCUUGGUUAAACAUAUUAAAAAAUCUGUCUAUUCACAUAUCCCUUUAUCUGCCUGACUAUACAUGUACUGGUAUGUCCCACUCUAUUUGAAUGCAGAGAUAAAAUAAAUAUCUUUCCAACCUUUCUCAGUCCAUACUGUGAGUUAUGAGACCUUGUGUUUUCCACUCUGAGUUAUGACCCUCUUGCUUCAUGCUUGGGAUGAAGAUCCAAGCAGAAAAAGCUUGAUUGGUAGCUUACAGCCACACCAAUCUCAAACUCAGUCAGUGUGAGGUUCAUCUUUUUUCUAAUGUCAACUUUUGAACAACUGUUUUAUUUUCAUCCACCAGACAAAAACUGUUACUUCUUGAUAUGCAUGUGCAAAUUUAGAAUAGUUUUUUUGCAUAUUAACCCUUUGACCCCUAAGAGUGACCAGCAUCAAAUUUCUCCUUACAAUAUCACCUCUGAAUCACACAUUAAGGUUGACAGAAUAAAGGAAAUGAUCACCAGCUGAAGAAGCUCUUGAUUGAUGAUUUUAGAUAUAUGAAAUUCAUAUAUUUGCACUGUGGUGAAGAAACAAAAUUAAGAGACCCUUGCAGCUAAGAACACUACUGAAACAAGUCCUAUUUUCAACUACUUGUUUCAGUAGUGUUCUUAGCUGCAAGGGUCUCUUAAUUUCGUUUCUUCACCAUAGUGCAAAUAUAUGAAUUUCAUAUAUCUAAAAUCAUCAUUCAUCACUUGGAUGGUUUAUUUGGACCCAACACAUUGACCAGCUCCCAGUUGGCUUGUUGGUUCAGUUGGUAGAGUGCUGCACCAGUAUCGUAGAGGUCAUGGGUUCAAAUCCCUUGUGGGCCUGAAUUUUUUUCAGGUCCUAUUUUCAGCUACUUGUUUCAAUAGUGUUCUUAGCUGCAAGGGUCUCUUAAUUUCGAAGCUCUUGAUUGUUAAACAAAUUCUCUUAGUCAGCAUCUUAGGAAAUGUAUAGGGAACAGUAUUGAGAAUAUACUUGUUGAUUUAAGGGUUUAAAGGAUUAUGAAAACUAACUCUCCUUUUUUCUCUGUUUGUGUUUUGUAUGAAGGUUCCCCCCUCUCCAUUUACAGCUUCAAAACCUGCACCCACAAGAGAGCUAAGCUUUGAGAUGGUCCAAGCUGAAGAUUGUGAGCCAAAUCCUCAGAAACCAGAAGAAAAAUCUGAGCUAUUUUCACGAUUAGAGGAUGCUCUUAUUAAACAAAUUGAGGUGAGAUACCUUAAUCAUAAUAAUGUUAUGUACUUAUCAUUCAAAAGUGCUAAUAGGCCAUAACUCCCUCAUAAAUUUAUUCUUCACUUUGAAAUUAUUAUCUGUCCUUAAAGUCUUUUCUGAAAAGGUUAUCAGAAGCUCCAGUAGAGGGGAUAGUUUCUUAAAAAGUUCUGUUUUUCAAACUGAAAUUUUAAUUUUGGUGCAAGUUUUAUGUUGGUGCUUUUAUUUGUGGUUUCCAGAGUCAGAGUCAGAACAGACUAAGAAUGAGAUUUUAGCUAGAUAAGAAUUUUGCUGCAUGUUCUUAAAGAGGACUUAAAAAACUCAUAAUUUGUGACUUUGGAGAUAUAUAUGUUAUUUGCCGGCUGGGAGGUCCGUAUGGUGAAAAACUGUGACCGAGGUCUUGAAAAUACUGAAAUACUAAAGCAUUUUCAAGACCGAGGUCACAGUUUUUCACCAUACGGACCGACCCUUAGCCGGUAAAUAACAUAUUUAUUGUUUUUAAACUUGACGAAAUUCUUUCCGAAAGAACCCGAAUGAUUUAUGGCCGUAAAUACGACAAGAUCUUCCAUAAACUGAACAAUUUUUGAGUGAGUAAAUGGUAGUUAAAAUAGAGGUGAUGCAAAUUUAAGAGAGAUGCCUCAGCGAAACAUUUUCAUUUCCGUAACGAUAAAGGUGAUUUAAAAGGCUUCCAAACAAACUUUGAAACAUUAUUUUUACAAGUAUCUGUCACAAUCUGACACCUGUCAAUUAGAGAGCGCCCAAGAAAAAAAAAGCGUAGGAACAUUUGAAAACCAACUAGUUUGGCAAGCACUGUCACGACAAUGUUUUCUUCAAAAUCAGUUAAUGAUCUAACGGAAAGUAUUAUUCACUCUCAUCGACCAUUCAUUCAUGUACGAAGAUUUACCUCUGUUCAUUAAGUAAACGGCGAGGAAAGUAAUUGUGAGUAAAUUCACUUUUUUAUUUUGAAGUUGUGAGAGUUUGCUCGUUUGUUUGCUGCAAUGACGUGUUUAACUCUGAUCUUUCCUUCACAAAAACUAAAUUCGAACGGCACACUCCAACGAGACACAAGGGAAUGUAAUGCGGCCUUUUCUCAAAAAAUUCCUUCAAUUUCUGUUGUGCAAUUUAAGGUACAAAUGUCCAAAUUGAACGGAAUUGGAAAGACUCACCAGGAGCGUAUAUUUGUUGUAGAACUUAAAUUAAAACUUCGCUCGCUCUUUCACUAUGAACAAAUUGCUCGAGAAACUUCAGAUAUUAAAUGAAUGAAAGUUCCAUCCUUCAGUUUAACUGCAACCAAAUACCUCACGUUUCAACUUUCUGGGUACUUUUUGUGAACGAUUAAGAUUAAUUAAUUGCAGACGGUUUUUAGGCCGCUUGUCAACCAACGUAAUGACACUAUUGUUUAUACAAAUUCAUUCUGAAACCAAUAUUUUUCUGUCAACCAAAGUGAUUUGAUAGAGAGAAAAGAGAGGAUUCAUAAGUUAUUUAUCGGCUUGAGGUAGUGACCGACGUGUUUGCUUAAAAAUACUGCCCAGCCGGAAAACGAGGUAUAUUUAUGAAAAAUGACAACGAAAGUUGGGAUGUACUCGGCGACUCACGAAAGCGUUACCGUGGCCCGUGGGCAGAGAUAGGAAAAUACUGACCGGGUAAAGAACCAAUCAGAUUGCAAGAUUCGUUACCGUGCCCUCUAAAAAAACAAUAAAGUUCAUUCUUUACCCUGCAGAAAAAGCUUAACCUGAUAAAAUAUUUAGGAAUAUAUUUUAUUCCACAGAUGUGUGCCAGAAAUGCUCAACAUUACCAGAAGCUAGGUGAUAUAACCAACACUAAAAAGUAAGUUUGGAAUAUUAACAAAAAUCAUGUAAUCAGCUACAGGCGAUCACAAGCAGACCCAUCCAUGUUUUAUAAGAUAUCUUAGGGGAGUUUCCCCUUGGCAGUCAAUUUGUGUUUUUGAAAACAAUUCAUCCAUUUGACAUUGUUAUGUUCAGUCACAGAGUAAUUCUGAGAUUACUGUCUCUGUUCAAGAUGACUUUCAAAGUGUAUAUAAUUAUUAAUACUUGCAAAAGUAUUUUGUAGACAUUAAGUGAUCAUACUACAAAUCAAAUUCUGCUACUCGUGAGGACACAAUUUCCGAAAGGACUUGGAAAGAAUGAGGGGCUUGGAAAUGACCUCUGUCAAUCAAAAAAGGGAAAUGGUCUUUUUUGAGUGAGAAUUCACAAUUCAGACAUCCAAAGAAACAGAGUUAUGUUUCUGAUUAGUUUUAAAAAGAGCCUUUGUAAGGUGACAUAUUUUAACUGUCACCUUGAUUGUUCUUCUCUGUUAUCUCAUUUCUUCUUGGUUUUUAAUUACAUAAAGCUUUGACAAGAUGGCAAAGAAUUUACGACAGGACCUUGAUUCAGUUCAAAGUGCCCGGAAAUACCAGGAUCCUCCACCAAAAUUCCAUUAUGAAGACAGAUCAUUUACAAUUGUUGAGUAAGUCAUCUUAAAAGCAUUUUUUUACUAUUUUUAAAAAGCUGUGAGCUAAGAAAUACAACUUUGAAAGAGAGUUAAUUUCAAGGCUUUAUUGAGCCACAGUCACUGAAAAAGAAAUAAUUUACAAACUUUGUCUUCAAAGAUGAAAUAACUCUUGCUUCACUAUAUCCUUUUCCAGCAUCAGCCCUCAACCAACCCUCAGGCUUGAAAUCUCUCAGAAAAGUGCUAUGGCACUUAUAGGUUUUUAAUUCAGAGUUCAUUUUUUGAUAAUAUACAUUUUAUCAUGUAAGAACUGCAUCAUGCUCAUGAUGACUAAGGACAGGUCAGUUAAUCCCAAACAAUGCAAACAAUGAAAAUUGAAUUAGUAUUACAGACAAGUAAAAAACUCUGAAUUCCAAUUCACAGCCUGUGUUCAAAAAAUUAUGACAAUUAUUUAAAAGCUUGAGGGCAACGAAGGGCUUCCAGUUUAAAACUCUUUAUACCCCUAUAAUUUUGAAUUAGCACAGUUUCACAGAGAAGUGAAAGGCUUAUCCAGGGCCUAUGUUUAUUGCUAUUUUUACUGCUAGGUGCAGUUAAGAGCAUUGUGUCUUCAGUGGACCUGCUUCAAUUCCCACAGCCAUUCACAAUGAAUUUAAUUGUGUUGUAUAUUGAUAUUUCUUACGGUGCAUAUGCAUUUUUCAGUUCAUUUCCAGAUCUGAGUGAUUCAGAGGUGGAGUUGACAAUAGUUAGAGGGCUCAAUAUACCUCUUCCCUCAGGUGAAUACUUUGAUUUAUUGUUAAUAAUUAAUUAAAUCCAGAACCUAUUGCCAAUUAAUUACCAAAGCUUCAAAGCCUCUGGGAAAGGUCUGGGUUCUUUAGUUAUUUUGAAUAUCACGAAUUUUGCAUCGACGUACUGUAACUGACCCCAGUGGGCACAUCAUAGAGGGCGACCAGAAUUUUGGCUGGUUUGGAUAUCUUUUUAUUCCGACAAAGACGACGUUGACGACAGAUUCUUAUACAAUACUUUUCGCGAAGAAAUUUUAUUACGUUCCUAUUGCCUUAUCUACUGUACCUGACCCAUUUCAGCCAAGGUUUUCUAAAUUGUAGGAAUGCCCCACUAUGGCCAAUUAGAGAAAGUCGACGUUAAAUGCGGAAUAUGGAAAAUACUAGUGAAUAGUACCUAUAGGAUAUGUUUCUUAGGGGAACACUUGAUCACCUUUUUGUUACUGUUAUCGUUACUUUGAAAUAUGUUUGCAUUAACCCUUUAACACCCAGAUCAAAUCUGUAAUUCUCCUUUCUUUCAACCAUACAAUUCUUAUGAUGUUAGUUCACAGAAUUUAGUGCUGGAUCAACUAAUUAUCCCCAAAUUGAUAUUUUUCUUUAUUCUCAUCACUUAUCUGGUUGAUGUUGUAUUGAUAUUGUAAGGAGAAAUUCUGUCUUGGUCACUCAUGGGAGUUAAAGGGUUAAACGUAUGUUAAGAACUUUCUGUUGUGUAGGCUUACUUUGGGAUGUUAAUCUUCACUGUUUUCUUUUUAACACAGGUUAUCAACCAAAGGACAUGUACACUUAUGUAUCUUAUGAAUUUCCUUUUCCAAGUGUAAGUUCAUCAUUACUGAUUUGUCACUGUAGUCUCCUGAGCCGCUUUUGUUUGGUCUUGUCAUUCAACAGCCUGGCACCAAAUAAAGGCUUUGGCGGGCAAUUCUGAGCGAGAAGCACAAACUUUUACAUGGUGAUUGAUUUAUUAAUUUAGUUUUUUAUCCUCUCUGCUUAAAGAGCCUUUUUUAUCCCUAUGUCCGAAAUUACUUAACGUGACUUAUGAGAGAUGUUUGGAAUAUCUUUCUGUUGUUAAUCUUCAGGCAGAUGAACCUCAGACUGGUAGGACACAAACUAUUAAGCACUCUAUCAAUCCAGGUAAAUUUCUCGUUUGUUUUUUUUGUUUGUUUGUUUUUUUAGUUGUCUAAAUUUUUAUUUCAGUGCCUGCCCUAACUGCUUCCUUGUUUUAACUUUCUUUACAGAUUACAAAGAGGUUUUCAAAGUACAGAUAGAUAGGAAAAAUCGAUCUUUAGGAAGAAUUUUCAAGAGACAGCCCGUCAAAUUUGAAGUCAAAUAUGAAAGGUAUGACUUAGUUGCAUUACCUAUUUUUAUAAAUACCUCAUUUCUCGUUAGUGGUCGUCCCGUUUUUGCUGGAUGUUGUGCGGAUAAUCAAAGGGGUAGCUACAUCCUCCUGGGAGUGGGGAUUAGCUAUUGAAGUGUUGGGUUCAAAUUUGUUCGGGAAUAUUCUUUUGCUAGCCCUUACUGACGGACUGCGGGUGUGAAUGGGGUGUUCCGGGCAGGAGAGGUAAAGGGGACGAUCUGCGACAGGGUUCUCUUUUAAAUACAGUCAAGCCUGUAUUAAGCGGCCACCAAAGGGGAAUGGAAGGAUGACUCCUUAAUACCAGUUCGACAGAAUAGGGGUAUUACAAAAAAAUGAUACACAACGCCGUUUAGUGCUAUAAUUGACCACUUAAUGUGCAGAAUCUCGCUCGGAAAAACUACUUACUUUGCUUUUGGGAGAGAUAAAUGGAUUAAAAAUAUCUUGAAAGAUUCUUCUUAGUUUUAUUUGAGUGUUCCUGCUUUCAGUGGCCGUUAAAUACAGGUGAAGGACAAUAAAAACAGGCGGUUGGGCUUAGUAAAGGGUGACCGCGAUCGCUUAAUGGAUGUGACCGCUUAAAAGAGGUGAAAAUUACUGGGAUUAAGGGGAAACAAAUUGGGGACUUUAACAACUGACCAAUUAAUACAGGGUGACCGCUUAAUAUGAUACUGCUUAAUACAGGCUCAACUGCGCAUGACUAUGAAUGCUGAUAUAAUAUCUUCCAGGGGCUUCCUCAAAGGUGACAAAGCUUUGGGACAAGUGCAAGUGAAGCUUACCCCAUUCGAUAACAAGUGUGAAAUUCACGACUGUUUUGAUGUAAGUGUUAAUUUGGUUUAUUCUUUAAUUGAUGUUUUUAUGGUGGACCCUAACAUUAAAAGCCAUAUUCUCCAUACUGUUCUCUGUGCGUUUCCUAAGGAGCCAGAUCUGUACGAACAGAUCGUUUAUAAAUUAGAUGUUAGUCAGUCUUAGGGGUCAUAGGGUUAAUCCACGCUAAAUACCAACGUACAGAUCGUUUAUAUAUAUAUAUAUUUUUUUCCCCCUCAAGGUAAUGGAUACGGAACGUGGACGAAAAGCGGUCGGCGGGAAACUUGAAGUUCACAUGAGGAUCAGAGAGCCGUUGGUGGAUAAAGAUGUGAAAGUUGAAAAAUGGAAAUGGCUUGUUAUUGAUGUUCACUUGACGUCCAGGAAAGUGAGUGUGCUGGACGAUUUGCCAGCGUACGAGCAGGUCCUCGUUAUCAGCGCUUCAGCACGAGUGUUUCUUCGCCCGCCGGAAAUUAGGAGGCCUUGAACAACGGGAGCCAGCGAGAGGUCUAUAAUGGGUCUGGAACUGAUUAUUAGUGCCAGACCCCCCCCGUAAACCUCUCCCCGACUCGUCUCAAAUCUUCCCACGGGCGGGAAAAUGCGCGUCCUGCAGCUGCGUUAAUAACGAAGACCUGCAGAGAGGCGAACUACUUUCGUAAUGAUAUUGGUAUCUCCUGGAGAGUUCUAUUUAAAUAGCAUGAACCUUCGAACAAUUAUUGUUAUGUCAGACAACAAAAAGAACAAAACGCAAAAGAAUGAGUAUGGCUAGGAGUGGUGCAAAUUAACGCGGAGUACAAAUGAUGCUCAUGCAAAUUGUCGACGAAGCUUUUAAAAAUCCACGAACUUUAGCAUAGCUUCUUUGGUUCGUUUUGGUUGCGUGUCUAUGCAAAUUGGGUUCUUCCACUUUGCAUGGGCCUAUUUUCGAACCAACUAGAUAUCAUGAAUAAAGGGGGUAAGAUUCUAAAGAAACUGUGGUGCUGCGUCGGUGGGAGGGUAUAACAGGGUAAUUUGGUAUUAUCACCUGAGUUGAUAACGUAAAUUGGCCACCGUAAACAGUUUCAAAGCUGACAUUUCGAGCGUUAGCCCUUCCUCCUUCGCUCUGACUAGGGGCUAACGCUCGAAAAGUCAGCUUUGAAACUCUCUACGGUGGCUAAUUUACGUUAUCAACUCAGUUUAUGAUACCAAAUUACCCAAUUAGAUAUUAAACAGUUUCUGGCUGGUCGUUUUAAGCUUCAAAAACUGAGGGUUGUUUGUCGGCCUCUCAGCCGGAUAUGUCUUAAGUAGUUUUUCUUAGAAUUCAUUGCCAGCAUUUUACACGAGGUAGAUAGUGCAUAUUUUGCAUGAACUUCAGGGUACAGUGAUCUUUCUUUCAGUCUUGCGCAAAUUAAAACUAAAUAAGACGUUAACAUGUUUUGUUUGGUUAACAGGCAGGCGCUGUUUCUAAGGUGAGUGUGUGUUUUUUCUUUCCAGGUCUUUCGCAAUAAUUGUCACCUAUUAAUUCAGACUUCAUCUGUCAAUGAUCAUUCUCUGUUCUCGAGUUUGAUUGAAGACAAAUUUAUUACCAAAAAAAAUGGGACAGUCACAGUUUGUUUUGUCUUUGGUGGUCCUCUUUUGAAAACGUUGAUGUGCUAUAUUUUGAAGAAGGAAAAUAUAUAAAUGAUGUAGUGCUAUCUUAUCCAGUCGGCUUGCUUAGUCGACAUGCUAAGAAAAUAUCACGAGAAAAAGCAUGUCAAGAUGAAGUAAUACAUUGUCAAGGCGUGCUUUGCUAGGAUUUAACCCUUUAACUCCCAAGAUCUGAUAGUUAAUUCUCUCCUUCAACUUCUACACAUUCCCUUGUGAAUUAGUUACGAGAAUUUGGUGCUAGAUCAAGAUAACGACGUCUUCCUGAUAAGCUUGAGUAUUCUCAUUACCUGUUUGCUGGUUAAUGUAUGUAUGUUGUGGGGAGAAGUUACUUGUUAAUCACGUCUAGGAGUUGAAGGGUUAACUGGAACAUUAGUUGAUUAGCCUUGACGAUGUUGGUCAUUGACAAGUGUUUUCAGAAGAAGACAGAACAACCAUUUUUUCUCGACAACUGCGAUGUGGUCGGUCAUAGGUUUGUGAAACAAGUUUAGAUGGAUAAUCAGAUUGACAUUGGAUUGGUUUCCCCUCUUAGGAACCGGCUAAUUUGCCACCAAAACCUGGCAAAGUAACAAGAGGACCAGAGUGAGUACAUUCAUUUGCACUGAUCGCUAUUUGAAUUCAACAUGAUUAAAUCUGCUGUUGGUAAAAACUGCUCGAAGACAAGUGAACGAGCUGUUAGUCUAUCUUCACAUAAAUACACAUUUGGGUAUGAUUGAAAUAACUUCUAGUGUGGAAAUAAAUGUUAUCCUUAAAAUGAAAUGGGAUUACUGUUAUUUUUAAUAUUAAUAGUAUUAUUAUUGUUAUUAAGUCCUUGUGUGUUACGCUGUAUCACCCCGCCUACUCCAACCUUAUGAACAACAGUCCUGGCAUGAUAUCUUCAGUUAUAAUACACACACUAACAACCUAACAACAACACAAGAAGCUGCCUGCUAGUCCACAAACUCGAAGGAAACUGUCUCAACUAGUAAUUGCCUAUUUUGCGCAAUCUUUGUUAGAAACCAUGUAAGAAUACGUUUAGAUUUUGUGUGUAGUUUGGAUGAAUUCUGAUGACCAUACAACAAUUGAAGUAAUUGCUCAGUCUUAAGUUGGUGCCAUUUCCAACAUUUACUACUCAUAAUUUUUACUUUCUCAAGAUUAAGUGAAGAACUGAGACUCAUCGCUCGGCUGCAUUCUAAAAUAAGUGUCAGUGAAAACCUCAAAUUAUAUACCAGCAACUCCUCCUGCAUUUUAUUUUUAAUGGCCGGUUUUCACUUUUUUUCAAGAAGCAAAAGCGUUGCGAAGCAAAUAAAUAGCUUAUUUGAAAUAAAAGAUAAAAAGCAGCUGGGAAAGCGAAGCAUCGGCACAUUUUUGUGUUAUUUAAGAACUUUCGUGAACUAAUGACAUAGUGAAGCAAUAGUUUAUACUUUAGUAAAGAAUAAACUUUGUGAUUAGUAAACCAUCUUUGAUGGUCUGAGUUUUUGUAUAAAAGAGAUUGUCGCUUUUAAAGCAUGGUUGUUGCAACAUGUGAAAUUUUCUUCGUGAAAUUGUUCAGCUGUUCAAGUGUAUUUGAGAGUUUCCUAUUUUCUCUCAAAUCAUUUAUUCAUGUCUCUCUUAUCUAUUUCGUUCGUAGCGCCAAAUCAGCAGUUUGUUCUAUCAGUUGACAAGCUCGUGGCCUCUAAGAGGGAGGAUUAAACUGAAGACUGAAAAACCAUACUUGUCAGUCAGCCAAGAAAUCCUGCAUUGAAAGUUCGACUAAGUUAAUUUUAAGCGCAUCGUUUCCCUCUGUACACUAUAUCGAGGCUUUCAUACGUCAUCACUAUGUAUCUACAUUAUAUCGAGGCUUUUAUACGUCAUCACGGUGUUUAUCUAGGAGUACUUGACAUUUGUUUAUUAGUAUUCUUUCAUCACAGAUUUUAAAGGAAAGUUAAGCUAUGAUUAGAAUCUAACAAGUGCAGCUGGUACUGCGCCUAAGUUUAGCAAAAAAUCGUGGAUCAUAUUUGCCGAAGUUUGUGUUUGAGGAUGUGUAUAAAAGUUCAGAAAUACUCUUACCUCCUUCAUCUAAGCUGCGAGUAACAUAUUUUUUCGUUAUCCUUAAGACUAAUUUUAAUGAUAAUAGAAAUAAAUUAUUAAGAUCCUUCAACAGUUCCUAUGUGUUUAUGUACUAGCAGGCUAGUUCUUCCACUUAAAAAUUAUCAAGAAAUUUGGUUUGUAACGCUGUAUAAAAUGCUCGAAGGAGCUUAAACUUCGUGUUUGUAUAUGUAGAAAUGCUUUUGCCUCGUCGUUGUUGUUGUUGUAUAGGAAACCAAGAACUGGUAAAAAUAUGUAGUAGUUUAGGUUGACUAAGAAUUUUAACACGAGUGUGAAAUAACAGUACAGAAAAGAGUGUAAAAGAGUGGAUUAAUACAGAGUAAUAUAUAUGACUUGAAAAAAUAGUUUUCGCCGCUUCACGUUAGGUAGACCACCUGUUCAGGCAUAACUUGUUUGUCAAGCAGAUAAUAUAAUAGAGAGAUUAUAAUAAAUACUGAUUUUUAACAUUUAUAGAAAAGACACUGCGGUUAGAAUCGUAUUGAGUCUUGGGCUCUGAGAAAAGUUAAAAUUAAAUGACCUCUGAUAAAUGGUGAAAAUCAUUUUUCAGUCCUCCGGUAAAUUCCUUUUGUAAAUUAUUAAAUGAGCGCUUUCCCCUUCCCUAACCCAAACGAGGAACGUUUUGACCUCUAAAUCGCCUAGUUGGCGGCUUUAAGAUGGAAAAAGGUAGCUCUGGGUGUAAAUGAACAGAGAUGGACAGACUGCUCACUUUUUAUACGUUCUCCUUAGUAUAUCACAAAGGAUGAGUUUCUGUCUCUUAUUUUGCGGUUUUGGCAACCGUCUUCAUUCAAUAGUUUCGCUCGGGUAAACUGAUUUUUUUGCAUCGUUUUACUUUUUAAUCUUUUUGGCGCUGUUUCUUCCUAGUAUUGCGACGGAAUUUGCUAGCUUGGAGGUCUUGAAACUGGAAAAACAGAUCGCCGAAAAACAGGUGAACUUAUAUUGCUAAUUAUUUUACUAAGUGUUGGGUAGUAACGCCAGAGAAGACCAUGCAAACGGGCAAUGUUCGUACGGCGUACAUGACCAAGUCGAUGAAGCGGGCUCAGACCUUUUCAGACAAAUAUGGUUGGGAAGAUAACACGAGUCCCAACGCUAAGCCUAUUCACGGUACAUUCUCGUGUAAAAUACUUAUUACUAAAGUUAUUAUUACUCCAACCCUUCUCUACACAAUUUCACUGGAAUGGAUACAAAUUAACAGUCGUACAACAAAAGAGAACCAGCUGCUGUUUCUCGAGUCAACUUGUGUUAUUAUAAAGAUUCUAUGUAACGCGCGUUCUGAUUGGCUGAAACAGCGUGCUUUAUCAAACCUAAGACGCACGGAGUAGUGCUCUCACGUCAUCGACCCAUUUGUACCAAAAAAAGACAAAAACAACAACAAAUAAAGAAGCCUCGACUAAGCUCUGUUCUGUUGUAAAACAGUCAGGAAGCGACCAGAGCUCUCAAGAAGUAAAGUUUGUCCUACACUUGUUUCGUGCACUAGCCACUUCCUGCGUGCUUUACAGCAGAACAAAGCACAGUCGAGCCUAUUUUGUGAGUCAAAGAAACAAACCGAUAGCUCCUAUCAGGAGCCAGAGGUGGUAAGGUUCACUAUCACCAUCCGUCGUGACUGCGUUGACACAUGUCUAUUCACUGAUGCUGAUGGUGCUGAUCAUGUUUGUUUUGUGUCAUAGAUUGCUGCUCAUAAAGCCAAAGGAGAAAUGCCUCCUGCAGUCCUCAUACAGCGCUGCAAACUGUGUCAGCAGAAGAUAGCUGAAGUGGAGAGGACUCUAUCGAGUGGUGACAAAAACGUAUUGAUAAGUGCGUAUGAGCUUAUCUCCUUUUUUCUUUAAAAUAUUGCACGAAGCAGGACAGGAAUAGCUUGGGUGAAUGUAUAACGCAGAAUGCAUUGGCAUCAGUGAUUAUAGCCUCAAGGGUUUGAGAGACCGAAUACUUGUGCGCUUUGAAACGCUUUGAACAAGUGACGAAAUUGGCCCACAAGGAAUAGAAGAGCUCAAUUUCUGAUUCGAAGGGUCAUUAAAUCAACUUAUUCAAGAGGAUUGCCGUGUUUUUGGUUUGUGCCGAAAACCAGAUAGAUGUUUAGGGCUGGGUAAAACUCCCACGUCACAGUAUACACUUCUUCACCUCCUUCUCAAGGCUCUAAGUAAGAAAGGAUGCCUGUCGCGUUAUACUGUGUAAAGAACUAAAAAAAUAGCCCGAUUACUUUCAUUUUAUUCUGACAUUGGUGUUUAAUCCGACAGACUACAUACGUCAACUUCAAACGAAGAUCCCUCAAGAGCAUGCUAAGGCGCAACAAGUUUUGAAAGCUGGCAACAGGAGUGAAGCUCAACUGUGUUUAACCAGGAGAAAGCUGAUGGAAAACGAGGUAAAUAUGAAGUGUAAUUUGGUGUGAAGUGUGACUGGGCGUGAUUGAUUUGUGAUGAGCGUGAAAGAAGGCUUAGUCAGUGUGCCAAGAAAAGGCAUUUCCAAGUAUGACGAUAUCGUCAUUUUUCAAUACCAUUACUGUUCUCGCGGUUAAUUAAACAAGAUUGACUGCAGCUAAAUUGAAUUUCGCCUAUCAGUGGUAAAGAUCAAAGGAAGCAAAGGCGUAGGGAAAAUGAUCAGGAAUUUGGAUUAAAUUCACUGCUUGGUCAGUUUUAAGUAAGCACUUUUAUCAUGAGCCGUUUAUGGCCACUAUUUACUUUUUCAUCCACCCAUCCAUUUAUCCAUCAAUCCUUUUAUUUAUUCAUCCAUUUCAUCAAUGCUUAGAUUCAAUGUGCUUACCUCUUACUAACCGAGUACGAGGUCCGUCCUGUAAGUUACGUGAAGCGCGCGCGCGCCAUAAAUCCGAGCGGAAAAAAACGAGGUUCCGUAACUUACAGCAUGGACCGAGAAAACGAGGUGAGUAUAAUAUUUAUUAUAUCUCUGGAUUCAAAUAGAGAGAAGAUUUUAAUUCAAAACAACUUUUGAAUUUAGCGGGCCCUAGGGCGAAAUACGAGUCACUAAAUUGACCAAUCACAGCGCACGUACUUACUGUUUCCAUGUAAGAAAAAUAUAAAUUAUCACCUUUUUGUUUUUUGCUCUUGACAGGUCUCUACUCUUAAGUCUCAGCUUGGUAUGCGUUAGAUAUCGAUAACUGUCACAACCAUAUGAUAAGGAUAUUAAAAAUAAUAGAGCCUAUCAUGAAUUUCGUUGCUUAUAUCUUAAGCACAUGUUAAAGGUUUUUUGUAAGGGAAAAACCUAAAAUUGUUAUAACUUAGGUGAGAAUUGUGUUAUAAUUUCUCUUUGCACAUAAUAUGAUAUCUGUCUGCGAGGUUUCUCUAUUAAACUCGUAUAUCGUUACUUAAGGAAUACAGCAAAGUUCCUUGCACCUCAGUCACAAAAGCAAAAAUCAAAAAGUUAAGGCAUGAAGUUUUUCAAACAAUUUUUGAACAAUAUCAAAACAUUGUGACCUACGUUUUUUUUUUUAUGUCACUGGAUCUGUAAUAGUAAUUUGUGGGUUUCGCCUUAAUCUUUUUUUUUGAAUCCAUGGCGAAAUUUUCAGAAAUUUUCAGUUAUAUGCCUUUGAUAUGAAGAUGGUAGUAUAAAACACUCUCGAUACGUUACUUUUUCCCUACUUUUGCUGAGGUAUUUAAAAUGUUGCACGCACUGCAAAUUCUUUGGACACAGGAAUAUAUGAUGAGAUUUCCAAAUAAACUCUCCAUUGACUUUAAUCCUUUGUCAAAAAUAUUUGUGUCAUGCUUGAAACUGGUUGCGGUAUCUUUUAUCCUGUGCUGCGCACUCAUAUUGAGAACGAAAACUCACCAACGCAAGAUGCGAG